CGUCCUCCCACGGCGGCGCGCUGUUGCUGCUGCCGCGGCUUUUCCUUCCCCCCCUCCCUCUCUCCCUCCCUCUCUUGCCCUCCCCCGUCUCGGGAGCCGCGCGCGCGUGCACCCCCACCACCACGCGCUGCUCCCGCUGCCCCUUUUCCGCUCUGCAGAGGUUCAUUUUUUUUUCAGGGGUGGGGAGUCUUCUUCCUCCCCCCGCCCCUCGCCUGCCAGCCAGCGAAGGACCGCCUAAAAUGACUUCGGUAUAAACGCCACAGAAUGGCCUCCAAAGUCACAGAUGCUAUCGUCUGGUACCAGAAAAAGAUUGGGGCUUAUGAUCAACAAAUAUGGGAAAAAUCUGUUGAACAAAGAGAAAUCAAGGGUUUGAGAAACAAACCAAAGAAAACGGGGCACGUGAAGCCUGAUCUCAUUGAUGUGGAUCUUGUAAGAGGGUCGGCUUUUGCAAAAGCAAAACCAGAAAGUCCUUGGACUUCCUUGACUCGAAAAGGGAUUGUCAGAGUUGUUUUCUUCCCCUUCUUCUUCAACUGGUGGCUACAAGUGACGUCCAAAGUUAUAUUUUCGUGGCUGCUUUUCCUUUAUCUUCUCCAAGUGGCUGCCAUCAUACUCUUCUUCACAAUACAAACCCCGCACAACAUACCUCUGACGGAAGUCAUUGGCCCAACAUGGCUCAUGCUGCUCCUUGGAACGGUGCACUGCCAGAUUGUCUCCACAAGGACCCCCAAAUCCUCCACAAAUACCGGCGGGAGAAGAAGGAGGAAAUUACGGAAAGCCGCCCACUUGGAAGUGCAUCGCGAAGGGGAUGGCUCCAGCACGACCGAUAACACCCAAGAAGGGACCGUCCAGAGUUAUGGUACCAGCACCUCUUCUAGUCUUGGCGCUGUCUUCAAGGAACUUUGGCACGCGACUUUCUUUUUAUCAGGAGCAAAGAAAGCAAAGAACUCCAUAGACAAAUCCACCGAAACGGACAACGGGUAUGUUUCUCUUGAUGGAAAAAGGACAGGUAGAAACAACGAAGAUGCUUUACAAUCCCACGAGCCACUUUCUGAGACCAUCCGGUCAGAAGAACCCGGAUGGAAUAUCGGAACUGCCCGAAGUACAUACAACACUUCGAAUCCUAAAGACAGCCACCGGACAAUGACAAAUAUAUCAGAUGAAGUCUCUAGUGAGGAGGGGCCGGAAACUGGAUACCCUUUACGGCGGAAUGCUGAACGCGCUUCCAGCGAUUGUGCGUUUCGAAACAAGAAAUCUCACCACUAUAAGAAACAUUUUCCCGUAGAGGAUGUCCCCAAAUCGGGCACCAGCUGCAGCUCAAGAUGCUCGAGUUCCAGGCAAGAUUCGGAGAGCACCAGGCCAGAAUCGGAGACGGAGGACGUCCUGUGGGAGGAUUUCUUGCACUGCGCCGAGUGCCGUUCGUCCUGCACCAGCGAGACUGACGCGGAGAAUUCCCAGGUCAACUCCUGUGUGAAGAAGGAAUACAGAGACGACCCCUUUCAUCCGGGUCAUUUGCCUUGGUUCCAUAGCUCGAACCCCGGGCUGGAGAAAGUCAGUGCCAUUGUGUGGGAAGGCAACGACUGCAAAAAGGCAGAUAUGUCAGUGCUCGAGAUCAGCGGGAUGAUCAUGAACAGAGUGAACAGCUACGUCCCGGGAAUUGGGUACCAGAUUUUUGGCAACGUGGUCUCCUUAAUCCUGGGACUGAUGCCGUUCAUCUUUAGACUUUCCCAAGAAAAAGACCUGGAACAUUUAGCCACGCACACGGCUACCGAACUCUACGCGAUCGCCUUCGGCUCAGAUGGGAACAUCAUGGUGAUAUCCAUGGUCAUUGUGUGCUUCGUAGUGCGGGUUUCCCUGGUGUGCAUCUUCUUCUUCCUCCUUUGUGUGGCUGAGAGGACUUACAGGCAGAGAUUGCUUUUUGCAAAACUUUUUGGCCAUUUAACAUCUGCCAGGAGAGCUCGGAAGUCAGAGGUUCCACAUUUCCGGCUAAAAAAAGUCCAGAAUAUUAAAAUGUGGCUUUCCCUUCGCUCCUAUCUAAAGAGGCGAGGCCCUCAACGUUCAGUGGAUGUGAUUGUCUCCUCUGCUUUCUUGCUGACGAUUUCGGUGGUGUUUAUCUGCUGUGCACAGCUGCUUCACGUCCAUGCGGUCUUCCUUGACUGCCAUUAUAAUUGGGAACUGGUCAUAUGGUGCAUUUCAUUAACCCUUUUCCUUUUGAGAUUUGUGACACUCGGAUCCGAAACUAGCAAGAAAUACAGCAAUACGUCCAUAUUGCUUACUGAACAGAUAAACUUGUACUUGAAAAUGGAAAAGAAGCCGAACAAGAAAGAAGAACUGACAUUGGUCAAUAACGUCUUAAAACUCGCUACGAAGUUAUUGAAGGAAUUGGAUAAUCCUUUCAGAUUAUAUGGACUAACAAUGAAUCCUCUCCUUUACAACAUAACACAAGUUGUUAUCCUAUCCGCCGUUUCGGGGGUAAUCAGCGACUUGCUUGGAUUUAACCUAAAGCUUUGGAAGAUCAAAUCCUGACCCUCUUCCAAGGCGGGAUGCCGACGUUGCGGUGAAGAAGACAACUAAGAAAACCGAACUGCCUCCACGCAGCCCUGCCGCGCUCGAUUCGCAAUCUCUUUACGGACAUCCGUUUACGGAGGAGAGAGAGAGAGAGAAAAAAAAUAAUA